CCCAGCAGUGCCACCCGCAAGUUCCGCCCACCUGUGCCCUGCAGUGCGCCCACUAGCUCCGCCCACCUGUGCCCAGCAGAUCACCCACCUGUGCCCAGCAGUGCACCCACCUCAGUGCCACCCACCUGUGCCCACCCACCUGUGCCACCCACCUGUGCCCACCCACCAGUGCUGCCCACCAGUGCCACCCACCAGUGCAGCCCAGCAGUGCUGCCAGUCAGUGCCACCAGUCAGUGCCCAGCGGUUGUGCCAAUCAGUGCCGCUAGUCAGUGCCCAGCAGUGAUGCCAGUCAGUGCCGUCUAUCAGUACCCAUCAUCAGUGUCACCUAUCAGUGCCGCCUAUCAG